AUGGGAAAGUACCGCACGUCCUGCAUAUCGUUGUUGCUCGCCUGUUGCGCUAGCAUCAACAUCUUUGUCGGCGCGACAAGCAUCGUCCCCUUUUUCAGCGACCGUUCUUGUCAGGACAGCACUUUCACCGGCCAGACCGAUCAACAGGCAUUCAGCGGCGCAUGCCAUCCAGUAUUGCAAGAGGCGAAUAGUGUGGACCCCAGUCAUCUAGACUCAUGCUGUGCAGUAACGGUCUAUACCGAUCCUGACUGCUCUGAAGACGCGAAACUUGCACCAAAUGGAACUUGCACACCCUUGAGAAUUGGCUCGUACAGCGUGGACUGUCCAUGUUUCCCGUCUACGAGCCCUCAGAGCGCAUCUGGCGCCGCAACCUCUACACCUUCUUCUUCCUCUUCGACGUCUACCUCUUCAUCGUCUGUGUCACCGACUUCCGAACAUUUCCCAACAACGUCCUCGAGCUCUUCUGUGGCCACGGCAAUAUCAUCCUCCCUGACAACCUCGUCAACAGAAGACAUUUCCACUGAUACUGCGACAGCACGUCCCAGCGAUCUACCGCUCCUCACAUCAUCCUCUUCACGGUCAUCAGCACGGUCCUCAUCUACAUCUGCUGCAAGCAAGGGUGGCGGUAGUAACGGUGGUGGCAACAACCUCAGUGUCUCUGCUCAAAUCUCGCUGGGUGUGAUUUUACCCAGUCUCAGUCUCAUCGCGGCCGUCAUCUUUGGCGUCAGGAAGUGGCGUCGUGAGUGA